AUGGUGAUGCUAGCGGAUUACACCAUGUACGUCGUUCUGGUUACAACUGGUCCGGCAUUCUCAUCCGACUUCGGUACCAAAGGGCGAAAAGAUCAAUACCUGAACGCCAUCCCCGAAUUCGGUAGGGCUCCUGAGGACAAAAUACAACCAAAGAUUGAGGGGAACUCUUCAAUGGCAAGUCUGGCACGUUCUUUGCUGGCUCUGUCUAACCCACUGAAAGACAUCGCCUUUGAUGUUGACGCCUCCGUAUGUAGACCCAAGGCUUCACCUCCGAGUACCUUGCAUAACGGAUUAAUUGGUGCUGCGAUUAUUGGCAUGUUGACAACAAUAAUAUUCCAGGUGAGAAACAGGUUGAUCUUCUAGCUAAUUCUCCAAACAAGGAAGUCCAAUAGGUGGUGUACGUUAAUGAAAAAUUCCUAAUCAAUGGAACAUAACACAAAUGCAAAGAAACUGACAAUUAACAAUUACAACCUUUAGGUAAAUAAGAGUGCUAAAAGUGUUAAAAUUAAGAUUAUUUUGGUUAGAAGUGACUGUAUUCUUAAAAAGACACGAAUGAUGGAGGCGCAAGGAUGCCUGUCAAAUGCGAAAACUCACUUCUUACAAGUACAUAAAUCCUAUUCGCGGUAAAAAUUGCUUAAAUUACACAGCCCAAACAGCAAAAUUUGAACAGGCUCUUUGCAUGCUCCCCAUGUACAUAUCCUUCGAGAACUAAUGUAACAUGAGGUGUGACAACAAGUUUAUUACCAAAUGUAUGACUGUGUUCUGGAAUGGAACAACAAGAAGUUGCUGUACCUUCCCUUAUUCACAUUAUUCAGGAUGCGAUGGACUAAGGCAAGGAUGACAGGAAAUUCGCACAAACAAGAUAUCUUAAUGCCACAUGUCAAAAGGCUGGUCAUUGGCUCUGCGACUGAAAUGAAAUUAACAGAUGUCAUCACAAGCAUGACCUAUUCUGUCUAUCAGGAUUGCCUUUUCCGGCAGAAGUACCGUUUUUGUUAUGGAAAGGACAAAAUACGUUGUGUCUCAGGAUGUCCUUGAAGUGUCAACGAGUAUUUUAUUACUUUAACUGUCUUAGUCAACUACACGAAGCACAGAUCACGUGGUUUGUGUUCAUUAAAAUCUUUAAAUCAAGACGAUUCUUAAGGACAGUAAUUUGAGUACGGAGUUAUUGAGCGUUCCCUUUUUAUAUUUGCGUUUCACCAAAAUUGUAAGUUUAUCACCGAGAAAAUGAGUGAUUACAGAAAAGCACGCAAUAAACAUGCUUUUGACCAGAUGAAAGCCGUUGUUAACAACUUAUUUCUUUAAGAAAUUUAUCAAUAAGGUAUUUCAGGGACAGAUGUCCAAAUACCAAUUUUACAUCGUAAUAUGAAGGAACGUGGGGCGGUUAACCAGCAUAUCUAUUCUUCCAAUAAAAACUUUAACUUUUUUGUAUUGGCAUCAUAUUUCGCCAUCCUAGGUUGCAUUUUGGCUUCGGCUUUCGGUUCAGAAGGCACGGCAGAGUGGUCACAUAAGUACUAAAGAACUGCUUGAAUUCUCAAUGCCCUGCUUUUCAGCUGUUAAAUUGCGUUUCAAAGGAAAUUAAAAAGCACAAAAGCGCCUUGGCACUUCUUUCGAUAAAAUAUCUGGGAGGCGUUAUAAAGUGCACAGCGUUUAAGAUGUCCAAGAUUAAUCAUACAGACUGCAGUCCUCACAUUUCACAAGACAUGCCAUCCAAUACAUGAGAAGGGAAAGUUAGUCGUCUGAGAAAAUCCCCAAAAAUUGUUUUAUUAUUGCUUCUUUUGUUGUUUAAAAAGCCGGUUUUUUGUAGUGACACUUUUCAGAAACCAUAUAGGUUAUUAUUUAGUAGUAGUCAGAAGGCAGGGGUAUUUCUUGGAGAGCUCUUAUACCUCGUUUACUAUGCAGUUACUGGUGUGCCCUCAUCCGGAAAAUUAAGAGCAACGCGCGGUUAUAUACCUUAGUAUGUUGUUUUAAUGAUGUCGGUUCCAUGGUUUCUACCAAACAUUGAACGGUUUUAUGAGGAAUCUUGAUAUGCAGACCAAACAUGCGUAGCACCUAGUUCAUAUUUAUUCCAUAGGUUGUGAAGUACAUACAAGACCCUUUAAUUAUGUCGUUUGUAGUUUGUUGCGAGAAAUAAUAAAGGAAGAAAUUAUGAUAGCGGAGAUAUGUCUGCAAGCACAUUUGUAAAGUCCAGGCAUUCGAAACGUACGGGCGGUUGAUGGUUGUUUGAAACGGGGCCAACGUAAGGAAAUCAAGUACGAUAGGCUGUAAGUGUCAUAAGGUCAACAAUCGCAGUGGCUCUUAAAGCAUUAGGGCUGCAUUCAUAAAAAGAGGGCAUAAGUGAGAUUUCAGCAGGGAUAUUAUCUCCCUACUCUAACAGAGUUGUUUAUGACCUCGUUUUCACUCUCUCUCGCGCAACCCGGCUUUUUCGCUUUCAAAGUAACACCGACGGACUCUAUGCGAAGUGUCCUGUCGAUAACAGAAAGCAAAAUCGCAACUAGCGCGAACGAGAGAGGAAGGGCAAACAAAACCAGCCGACAUUAAAAAUCGCUCGCACUUCGGUUCUGUCGAUGCGUUUUGAGUUUUACAGAUGUAAAACGCCUAGUGAACUAAGGAUCGCCAAUGAGACAGGAAAGAUAAGUACAGAAGUGUGAUCUACCACAGACCAGCCUAAUCUUCAGUUGUCGAAACUCACCGAGAAUAUUUUCCAUCAACAUAAAACAUGGUCCUUAAACUUAGCUUUUGUUAACAUUUGUCCUAAAACGUUCAAUUUAGGUAUCUUUUACACCAAUAAUCGUGGCAUAGUAGCUGACAUUAUAGUACUCUCGUAUGGUAUGGACAAGUGAAAAGCCAUAAUAGCGGCAGCAUUGAAUCUUCCAAAAUCGCUCACAAAGUAAAAAGUUGGAAUAUAAGUGUCCUCGCAAGUGAAUAUUUGCAUAUGCUGUCUGAAGUUUUAAACUAAAAAUAAAAACGAAAUUUAUGAAAGCUUGAUCUUGCCUUCUAAAUGAUAAACGUUUCACAGUAGCCGACUUCACAAAACUGUUAGUGAGUUAAACGCAAACAUAGCUGUAUGUGAGCAAUUUAUUAGCUCCCUGACAGGCAGUGCGGUGAGUCGAAAGAGUAGGCUCUCGAGUUUCAGUAUCUUUGACCAAUGUUUGACUUUCUUGUCUGCAAGUACAUCCUCAUCACAUAUUCACGUAGAACUUAGAGCAAGCACCAAAUCGCUCGGAAGUCAUCAACUGAUAUUCUCAAACUACUGGGAAUAGAGAUUUCUUGCAGUUCAGAUACAAAUAUUCACGCCGACUAAUAAGAACUACAGAUCUGAUGGUACAAAAAUAUAAAUUAGACUUUGGUUUCUCGACCUGUAGCAUUUGUAGGCAAAACAACUAUGUGGAAAAGCUAAAAGGUUACGCCAAGCACAAAUAGUCCAACCAGCACCACCAGUAAAGCAGAAUUACAUGCUCGGACCCAUACAAGACGGACUGGUCAUAUCUUCAAGUCAACUUAGACCAAACUCAUCACAUGUGCUGACAUGUUUCUGGGAUACGAUUUGUUUGUGACAGUAUUCUUUAACUGAAGCUGGCCAAAGAUCUAACGAUUUCCCAAUCCUAACACCGGUAGGUCCAUUAGUCUCAGAAGAGAUGCGAAGGUGUGAUCUACUCAUGGAGACGACAGUAAGUAGCAAAUUUGCCAAGAAGUAAGUGCGCCAUUUACUGAGAUUGGCAAGGAAGGCUCGCAAAGGUUUUCCCUGGUUUGGCUGACUAGUCAACUUUCGCGUCAGCAAGACCAUCGUGCAAUGUGGGCGCAACCAACAAAUGCUGCGUCCUCUGAUUCUGUUUGUAUUGAUAUGACCGGAUAUGAAAUCUCCAGCAUUAGGUUAAUAAAUUUUCUUUGCUGGCUAUCUAGCCUUUUUAUCAGCUAUGAACGUAAUUCUUCUAGGGCGUAUUCUGCUUGUUCCUGUACUAAUGAGAACUAGAAAUGGAAUUACGAUAGACAGUAAUGCUCCUACGAAAAAGGCUUCCAUCGUAUAAACCGGCAUAAAUGCAAAAAAAUACAGUAGCUAUAUUCACUCCAAUUCCAGUUUUAAAAAGAAAGGCUUGAAUGACUUAUGAAAUACAAGCUGUGAAAGGCAGAAAGACUGCUUCAGAAAUAAACAAAUCACUAAAGAGGUUCGGAGGGUCGAGAUUAAGACAGCAAGAAGGUGAAGCUAUUUGGUUUUGUGCAUUUUGGAUGUUUUAAAUAUGUCUUGUUCCAAAAGAGGUCGCUAGUGCUCCUUUCAGAUGCUGCGAAGAACCGCCAAUCGAAGACGGACUCCAGUGAUGUCUGUUGUGGUUUAAAAGAAAUGAACCUAACAGGACUUAUAGAGGACAAGUAUUUUAGACGUUUCAAAAGGUGCCACACUUAAUCUGCUUCUUUUGUCAGCGAAGUAAUGAGUUUAUUACGAAUGUAUGAGUUCGUCCGUAGCAAUAAUGUUUUUUCCACAACCGGACGAAAAGUGACUUUUAUUUGCAGACGAUUCCGUAGAAAGUACCAUUUUAUACAAGUAAAAACACACUACUUUGCUAUGCACUGCCUACUCCCAACUCUCCUGUUGCGGAUAUUUUGUUAUAGAUUUUACCACAGGCUUCCCUACCUCUGACACGAAAUUUGUAUUAUUUUCAUUCUGGAUGCUUCCAAAACCAGAGAAGCCUCAUCUCAAAAUUACUACAAUUACGAUAAAUAAUACCUUCUAUUUAAUCGAAACGCCAAAUCAAUACACAGAAGUUAAAGGUUAUCAAGAAGGCCUUUACGGGAUUCUGAUUCUAGGAAACAAAAAUUCAGAUGAUCUUAAAUAACCAUUAGUUUACGCCAUGUUUCUGGGUGUCAAUAAUUACUAUCGCAAUUGUACUCCCAUUUGAAUCCUUCAGUAAGUUUGUAGAAAUGACUAUUUUUCCCAAUUACUUUAAACUACACUCUAAAGCCUCGGACACUCAAGCAGCUACCGUUUACUAGGUUCCAAAAGUGUUUUUUUGAUAGCCCACUUAAAGCAAAAUCAAUAUAUUUAAAAAAUAAUGCGUCGACUUGUGUUAAAGUCUCUGAGAUAAGCUUCACCUUCAGCAUAUGCCCUCAGGUUUGCGGAAUAAUUACACAAUAUUUGCCGUCUGCUAACUGGUAGUCCGUGAUAUAUAAAUAAAUAGUUAAUACAAUUUGCGGUAAGAUCACAGUCGGUAGCCGGACACUACGGUAAUACUGUCGGCGUACGUACUUGUUAUGAGUAGGUGUGCUUACCUAGUCUAGGGAACCUGUUAUCAAAGGGUGGGCUCUUACUGAGUUAGGUAGGUCGCCCGUUUCGGUCAGGCUGUUGGGUUUAGUGAGGGUCAGGGUUAGGCUGAGGUUAAGUUUUAGAAUUAGGGUUGGCGUUUUAGGGUCAGGUUUCAGUGUUAGGGUUAGGAAUUAAGUUUCCGUUAGGGUUACGGUUAAGUUUGGGGUUAGGCUUAGGGUUAGGGUUAGCAUUAAGGUUAGGGUUAUGGUUAAGGUUAGAGUAAGGGUCAAGCUUAGGAUUACGGUUAGGAUUAUGACUAGGUUUUGAGUAAGCGUGUGGUUUUAGGAUUUUGGUUACGUUUCGCUUUUGAGGCUAAGGGUUAGUCUUUACGUUUGCGGUCAGGGUUGGAUUUUAGGUUUAAACGUAGGCUUUAAAUUUCUGCCAUUAUUCCACCUACUUAGAACUUCCCAUCACUUUCUCUGGUAACUUUACUUUUACCUAGAAUCUCCAGCAUUCCUUUACCAGCCCUUUCAUUUACUCCACACAUAUAACCCCCUUUCCCACCAUCCCCGUACGACAGGGACCUGGCUGUCCGCCUCCCCAUUCCUGGCUGCCAACUGCGAUCUAACCCAGUUAGCUAUUUAGUUGCUUCUGAGAGUUUAUGCACUGGCAUAAUGCAUCCGUGUGUUGGCCACAUUGUAACGUGAAGUGCUUGUAAGCCAAAAAUUACAAGCUGAGCGGCGAUAACCCGCUAAUACUCCGACCAGGCUCGAUUAUGUUAUGCAGGGUAUAUGCUUUUGAGGUUCGUUGAAGAGAAAAAAACGUAAAACGGAAAGGUCAAUUUGAAAACCUAGUGGCCGUGCACUAAUCAGGUUUCAGUAGUGCAGAAGAGAGGACAGUAAACCAAAUCUUCAUCUGAUUUAAAUUAACAAAAUACAUAAAAAUCAAUAUCAACGUGGUUCUUAAUGAUCUUGUUACUUUUUAAUCAGAUGAUUCAUGGUUACUGAAUUUUAACCCAACCCGGCAUUUGAUCUGCUAUUGAAAAUAAACUUCUCGGGUUUGAUUUUUAAUUACAUUCCACCUAAAUGCCAAAAAGUCCACUUGUUUAAUUUAAUGAAGAGUAGUUAAAUCACUGUCCGUCUCUUCCUAGAGUACAUUUGAGUAAUGCAUCUAGCAAAAUUUGCAAAACUAGUAAGACUGCGCACUUAAGUGAUUAUUCACCGCUGAAAAAACGCGUUUAUGAAAUCACUUGACGUUCAUAUUUUAAAAAUUCGCAAGGCGAAGCGGAUUUUCUGCAGCACGCUGCAGAUGUCAAGUAAUAUCUUUAUUCAUACUGAGAAAAAACUGUACGUUGUUAUGCCUACGGUCUGCAAUAAUUGACGGGGGAACAUCGCGGGCGUUGAGAUGAGUUUACGAAUGACCGAGAAAACGAUUUUGGGAUACAUCUUUCAGCACAUGUUUGAAUUAUUGAACUCAAUGUAUAAGAAAGCAACAAAUACUUUUAGGAAAGCUGUCUUUUUAUCCGUUUUUAACCAUAGUGGCUUAAUUUGUGCUGGAUGACCUGUCUCAAGAAAUAUCAAUUGCUUAGGUAAAGUUUGUAAUAUUGACUUUCGUGCAGCAUAACCCCAUGAGAAUUCAACGACGCCAGAGUGUCCGAUUUUGAAUUAACUUAUUUCCGACACAUUGCAACAACCACUUGAUAAAAGAUGACUCGUUAUAAAUUAUGAAUUUUCCUAUUGACAUCCAAUGUCCUUACAAGUUUAAAUUUGUUUUAGAAAUCGCAUGCAUAAAAAUAUCUUUCGUGCAUUUAUUUGGUAGAAAAGUAUGUCGUCACCCAUGUUUUUGCUUGAGGACAGGAGAACUUUCGAUUUAAAAGGUUUAUUAUUAUGUGAUUGUCAAGACUGCAAUGUGGCAAUCAAUACAGCAUCAUAUCUGCCUGUUCAUCAUUGCUACGUACGAAGAAUCUAACUUAGCCCACAUUCAUCGCAAACCUUUACGAGUUCUGUUUGAUAUAUUUUUAAUUGCGUGCAGAAGUGCACGAGUUCCCUUGCACUGAAAGUACACAGCUUGUAAUUUGGAAGAGUUUAGCGCAGGCGCAAGUUUAGGUCGGGUACAAGCUUAGUUGGGAAUUAAAAAGGUUUCAUAAGACCGAAAGAUUUCUUUUCUUAAAUUCUAAUGAUUGCAGAGAACGCAAUCUGCUACCAAAUGAGCACAAUGGAGAAUAUGUUUUUGCAUGUUGUCUAAACAAGAUAUUUAAUUCAAAUGGACAUAUGAAACCAAUGGAAAAGGUCCAUCCUAUUAGGGCAACGAUUUCCUACCGCGUAGGGUUUUCCAGCCUGCUGGAAUGAAGCGUAUUCAAAUCCAGAUUCAAUUAAGUUAUUAGGUCUCGCGGUCUACUAGUCAAGAGCUCGUGGCCUUUGUGCAUGUAUACAGCGCUGCAUGAUGCGUUACGACGGUCUAAAAUAGGUCAGUUUGGAUAGGUCAUAAGCAUCAUGAAAUGUCAAUCGAAUGUGCUAUAAUUGGGCAAGUGGAGGGAGGAGCCGUUAAACAGUCUAGAAACGUAGAUACGAGGUAUGCUGAAAAAUGGACCAAUGACCAAUCACGUGACAACGCCAAUCUUGAGAGGUCACAUGAUUUCGCAGGUGAUUGCGCGAACCUCUUGACGCUGUUUCAGAAUUACGCAUACAGCAAUAAAUAGAUAUUGCGCGCUAUCUAGCUCGCCGAUGUACUUUGAUCUCUCACUUGACAGGCAUGUUUUAAUAUUAUUGGCUCUGUGACUCGCUUUCCGGUUCCAAGUGAUUGGCUCUUUCUACACAUAGUCUGUCGAGACAUAGUGUUGCUUUUCAUCAGUGCAAAACUCUGUUGACCAAUAUAAGAUAAUCUCCAUGACCAAGUAGCCAGUUGGGCUUCUCCUACAGCCCGCCAUCCAAAUAUUACGUCACAAAUAUUGAACAGUAGCCACGAGUGUGUUGAUGCUGAAAAAUGCGUGCUUCAACAAAGACAUCUCUUUUUGCAUAUGUCUCACAGGCUGCGAAGGGUGGAUUGUUUAAGUCUGUAUUUACUACAUAAAAUGCAAUUUUACCCUAAACCCGACAACAAUUGUCCAUAUUGUCUAGGACUGACGAAUCCGUAAAACAGAUUCUUCAUUUAUCGUGAUUUACAGACGAAGAUAUGCAUACGUUUACCGAUGCUAUUCGAUGGCCUAAAUUUGACUCGGACAGUCAUUUCCCUUAUACAUGAUUUCUUGUUCCGUUUCUAUUUGACUUGGUGAAUUGAGUUCAUUGCUCUUCAGUCAUCGUUAAUUUCAGUGAGCUUUCCCGCUAGUUUGAUAGAAACAUAACUAUCUUUUCUCUAUUAAAACACACUUACUGUUAAAGACCCCGAACUUGAACAUUUUACUUAGAUUUCUGAAUCAGCUGUCCACCAAGAAAAAAUAGGUCGCCUCUAUUACCUUUAAUCUGACACGUAUGACUUUCUGGUGCUGUCAUAGCCAUUCCAUUAGUUAGAUUUCAGAAAAUAAGUUUUUACCAUAAUCUGGCCAGCCUUUAGUUACACCCACAACAUGAAUGCCUUAACUGCUAAUACUCCUUCGGGUCUGACUAGUUUUUAUUAAGUAUCGCCCGUCAUUGAUUAAGGAUACAUCUUUUUAAAUCGCUUGUUUUAUUUUAUCAGUUGAUCGGAAGUCUUUAAGUCAUCAACAGGCAAAAAAUGUGAAGCGCUAGACCGUCGCUUACUGAUCCGGCCAUAUUGCGGAAAAUGCUCGCCCCCUUGUGUCUUGGAGGCCCUACAGUCAGUCACAUAGGGACAGGGAAUAAAUAAGGCAAAGAAAUUAGAAACAUGGAUGGGUAUUUUCGACUUAUCAACGGUCGAUGAAAAGCCAUAACCCAACCUCAUGUUUUUUAUAUUGAUGUUUCGAACCCAGGCGACGGUUAGUAUAAAAAAGUCUGUCGCAGAUUUUUUUGGCCGCGCUUAUUCCACACUUUUGAUAAUGCCUGAACAGCGUCCUCUAAGAAUCUAAAUUCUAACACUUUUAUUAGUCCUAACUGGCUUAUUAGAACCUCAGUGAGGAUGUUUAAGAGAUCAGCUUGAGGCGAAGUUAGGUAUUUAAUUAAUCAUCAACACUUGUGUUACAUUAUUAAAAGAUAAAGUGAAAUUCUCAGUGGCAUGAAGCCCACAGACAGGGCAUGGAGUAUUCGUCCACGUCACCAGACAAUGGUACCAGGGAAAGAAAGGAAUCUUCUGCAUUGGCCAAAUAAUAUGUUUUACCUCUCAAAAAGGGCUUAAUGAUAAGUACAUAUCAGAAGGAAUUCUCUCAAUCCAUAAAGCUAGCUUUUUCAUUUUAUUUAUCCAAUGAUUCAUCUUCUAAUAAAUUUCCCAGAAUGACACAUGACCAAACGACCCAUCUAAAGCAAAGCGGUCGUUUUGGAAGCCAGUGGGUGCUUCUGCGGAAUUUCCUCUGAGAUUGGGGAUUUAAAGUUAUUGGUUAGACACGGCAGGAUAUAAACCUUGUAAAAAUAAAGCAUAUUGUAGACUUUUCUUUGCUUAGCCUCAGAAAAUUAAAGAUUUAAAUUUAGGCGGUUGAUGAUUAGUCAGUAUUGGAAGUGCAGACUUUUGUACCGUUUCCAGUCCGCAAACAUUGUUCGUAAAUUUAGAUGAAUUUGGUUCGAAUCCCGGCUAACAUUCACGAUUGAUAAUUUCCAGGCUUGUCAUACCGGUUUUCCACGAGUGGGUGUGAGGUUGGAAAGGCUGUGGUCUGAAAAGGACGCAAGGGUUUGCAGGGGGAUGAUAUAAAGGGGGUGGGGCAGGGGGAGUAGCGUUUUAAGCGUCACUAGCCCCAAUGGGAAGGCAGUCAGGUGAGAUACCAAAUGGGAACGGCUUUUAGUUUGUAAACUGCGCAAAUGCAUUUUAGUUCUGGUGGAGUAUUUGCAGCUAAUAGUGAAGUUUCUUCAGCAGGCAGAUUGGUUCAGGUGAACUGCUGUUUUUGUCUCGAAUUUAUGUCGAUAGAAAGUCAACACCACUAAGUGAGAGUACUCAAGAAUCGUUUGGUCGCAAGUGGGCUUUGAAGGACUUUACCGAAGUCGCAAAACGUUAGUACUCCUUUAGGAUUUAUGGAUAUUAUUCCUCUUUUCAAAUAAACACGAUGUUUGUUUGUUUUUAGGCCUUCCAGACUAUGCUUUUAGAUCAGACUUUCAAGCAAAAAUCAUACAAAAUUUAAUUUUUUGACGGAAUUUGUCUCUCUAAACCCCCGAUUAAGAAACAACUAUACAAUGUCAUGACAUUUCUGUCACUAUUCCAACUCGUUUUCUUGCUAGCGUCCCCAAGAAAUCUGUAAAUAUUUUUUAUAAUAUCAUGCAAAUUUGCCGGUAAUGUACACACCUUUCUGAUCAAAUUAUUUUAAACGGAAAUUUUGUGCUGACUGUUCAACGUCUGAAAGUAUGAAAUAACCCUACACCUCAACAAUGUGGAAUGUACGACUAACUGGCCCACUACAUCACCUAGACGAUAUUCUUGCGAAGAACUUGACUGGAUUUUGGCAUGUUUUUUCUUACUAAUUCAUACCGCAGUAUGCUUGGAAAGUAGGAAAAGAAAACAAGUUUGGAAUCCCUCCUUCACGCGUGCAUUCCUGGAUGCCAGUCGUCGGUCAUCUUUCUACCUCUACAUGUCUUAGAAUGCUGACAUGUUGCGAAGGGAUAUAAAAGAGUUUCUUCAGGUUGGUUUUCGUUAACCGCAACGCUAGUUAAGUCUGUCAUAAGAAGUGUACAAUAUAAUUAUAUUUGCAUCCACAGAAUGCGAUUCCUGACUCACAAUGAACUGCGGGACGUAGAUUUUCUCGCUUAUAAUCUUCCAGUUUCCAGUGAACAAAGCAUUGACCCAUGACUCAGCUAGUAGCGUUUUGAUUCGUUGAUCAACUGGAGAUGGUCCGAACGGUGGCGUCUGCGGUUCGGGGAGUUUGUCGACUGAAAUCGACAGAUAAGUCAGAAAUGCUAGUUUCAAACUCCUCAGAGGCUGUCGGAACGGCAUUUAACAUUCUUGCUUGUACGGGCUGGCAAGCGAUGCUUAUACGGUAUAGAAAGCGUUCUCCCUGUGACGGAAAUUCAACCUUUUGUUUAUACAAACACAGGUAUCACAAACUUUAUGGCCAUAGUGCAUUCUGAACGAACUGUUGGGGGAACGUGACGGGUAGCGGUCAUCUCAACUGCAAUGCAUAAAGUUAUGCAAUCUCAAAAAAGAAAUGUCUUUUCUAAAAUGAAACAAAGUAGUCUUCCUGGUCUUACUUAAUUUAUAUUAGCGCUUAUACCUAUAAUGAUUUUUGAACAUAAGAAAAUUAUUUAAAAAUACCAUUAAAACUUUUUGUCACGGGGAACAAAACAGAAUGGCGACAAAAACUAAACCGAAAGAUUAACCUAAUACACACGGCAUGGCUGGCAAAGGCGUCUGUUAGCCGGUCAGCCUUUGCGUAAUCGACCAGUAGUGAUAUCCUCGCUCACGCAUGCAGCCAUACCAGUGGUUGGCCGAGCCCGCGGGGGCUAUCGGCAAUCCGCGACCACCCUUUCAAAGUUCAGGGUAUUCUAAGGUCGUUAGCAUUCAAUAAGGGCGAGUUAUGAGGCGUUUAAUGUCGUUUUGUGGGGGUUAGUAGGAUAAAAAGGUUGCUUCUGGACUUCGCCUUUCUCGCUCUAUUUUACCUCCCCUUUCUCUGUUGACAUUACAAUUUGACAGCUUGCACUGCCAGAAAAGUACAUGCAUGAAUACCAAAUCAUGUAACUUAAAGUUUAUCGAGGUCUGUUGCUGAAGGUAACAUCUUGGAUCGAAUUGGACUACUUUCAACCACAAUCGUCAUGCCGUCGACACUUUGCGCCUGCAUACGGAACAGGUUGGUAAGUUUAGAAGAUCAGGCAUCACUUAAGGCGUUGAGCAUUCUUUGGGCAAAGAGGCUGCUACGGCGCCUUACACCGCGUAAUUUCUUGUGAAAAUAUUUCACACAGACUUCUAUUCUUCCUACACUCACAGGUGUACGUCAUGCGAUUGAGGCAUGUGAUUCUCGGCUGGUAUUAUCCGCAAAGGGAAACCGAUCGGGCUGGCUGGCUGCGGGCCUAUAUUCGUAACUCGCGGGGUCUGUUUAGCAGACUUGUACACCGCUUUCGCACACGGGACCUCAACACCAAACGCGGACAAGCUCGUCUGCCCUUCUUUGAACGCUACCUUCUGACGCAUCCUGACACGCUUUGGCUACUCGGCUUUGUCGGCGUGGAACGCGUCUACUGCGUCUACUGUGGUGACUAUGGCAAACCUAACAAGAAAGUCGAGUUCGAGGAAAAAUUUAUUCAAUGCUCCGACUGUGGUGCCUACUACUGUUUGAGUUGCCAGGUCGAUCUGAAACAUAUUUGCAUGAAUUGUCGAAUACCAUUGAAAAUUCUCAAGGUAGAAGUUGAUUUGGAGAAAAUGAGUUCUGAGGAAGAACUGGAAUAUUUCUGCGGUAAGUACCUCAAACGCGCACCGCAUGAGAACUUUCGGGUGCCUCCGGAGGAGUUGGACUAUGAAACGAUGAUGAGGGAAUACGAAAAGAUGUGGAAGUCAUGGAGAGAGGCGAAUGCGGCUCGGAUGAACCAGCAGGAGGAUUUGAGCAGCGAGGGAAGUAGUGAAGAAAGCAAUACUGAGAUGGACGCACCAGGUUCAGUUAUUGAAGAUCGAUAUAUUGGUCAACCAGUUGAUGUAACCAAACCGUUCCCCAUCGCAAGCACACAUAAAGAAAUGCCAGACAAAGGCGUCGAAGCGCAAUCUGCGAAAACGAACAACGAUAUGCCUCCACGUGCGUUGCCUUUGCCCUCAUACAGUAAGGCAAUGACACCAAGUGGACAUUCAGUCAGUGAUCAAAACGUCCCAGCACAUGUAGAACUCGCAAACAUCUCGUUUCCCAUCACAAGCCCACAUACAGAAAUACCAGACAAGGGCAUCGAAGGGCAGUCUGGAAAAACGAACGAUAAUAUACGUCCACGUUCUUUGCAUUUGCCCUCCUACAGUAAAGCAAUGACACCAAGUGAGCAUUCAGUUAGUAGUCAAAAUGUCCCAGCACAUGUUGAACCCGCGAACAUCGUGGAUGCCGUCGCAAGCCCACAUACAGAAAUGCCAGACAUAGGCGACGAAGCGCAGUCUGGAAAAACGAACGAUAAUAUACCUCCACGAUCGUUGCCUUUGCCAUCCUACAGUAAAGCAGUGACACCAGGUGAACGUUCGGUCAGUGACCAAAAGGCUCCAGUGUGUGUCGAUUCCCCGAACAGAUUAAGUAACGACAGUAAACGGGAUAAAAACGCUGGCACAAGAGUAUCCGUUGCUUCCAUUUUGAGUUCGGGUGUUUCCGAACAUGUCAUAGAGAAGCCUUACGCGGCUCAUGUUACCACCAUUGAACCUAAAACGAGUAAAAUAUAUGAAAACCCUCAGCGACCUGCGUCGCAGGCUCCUGUUAUCAAAAAAGAGUUUAGUAGUCUAUCCACAGACAUAGCCAGAGCCCCGGAGACAAACCGACGUCUGAGUAAAAGAAAGGAGAAAUACGCUGUACAUGCAGAGUCCGGAAGACAGAGGAAACGAAGCCAGAUGGGCAGCAGCAAUGAGGAAAGAGACAAAAAACCGCCAUCCUCUCAGCAAAAAAGAGUCGAAAAUAAAGAAAUCACGAACACCUUCACUGUUAGAGGGGGUAUGCCUGAGACCGGGUCACAGCAUACCAGGAAGGUCCCAAUCUCGUCUGAACUGCCGCCAAUCGAACACAGAAAUACGCUGUCUAAGAAGGAUAAACGUUUAUUAAAACUGGAUGACAGAGCAAAGAAGGUGUCUGAAAAGGAUUUCGAUGAAAACGACAUGGAGGUCGAUAAUGCUUUUGAAGAUCCCAUGUUGGACUUGGAGCUACCGGAAUUGGACAGAAAACGUACGGCGGGACGUACAGAACGUGAUACAGAGAGAGAUUUUAAAGUUACCAGCGUAUUUGAUGAGAAUGACAUGGAAGUCGACACAGCCAUGCAGGAUUCUGCUCUGAUGAGAGCGAUAGAAAGCGACGGAUUUUAUGAUAAGAAAUUGUCCAGGACGCGUAGUAGGGUGACUGAACGGAAAAUGCGAACUGCUAAAAGUAACCAGAAGGGGCCUCAAUUUGACGCUGUUUUUGAUGAGGAUGACAUGAGUGUUGAUGAUGUUAUGAACGAUCCUCGGCUUUUUGCCGACGUUCCAGACGACGGCCUGUUUAAAGAAGGCAUAUCGGACAGCUUUCUCAGAGAAGAUUUGUAG